CUCUGAUCCCGCUCCCCCUCCCUCCCUCCCUCUAAGAGGAAGAAGCGGGGCUCGCGUUCCGGGGACUCUUUUUUUCCCCUUUGUUGUUGUGGGGGCUUGAGCGCGCGCCUGCCCGCGCGGCCUGGAGAGGAGGGGAGGGGGCUGUGAAACGAAAGAAAGAGAGAGAGAAGAAGAAGAAGGGGGGAAAGAGCGAGAAAAAAAAACCGUAAAAGAACUAAAAACUGGCCGUGCGGGCGGGCGCGCGAGACGGAGAGUAGUUGAUAGUGGAAAGGCGGGCGGGCGAAUAGUUUUUGUUUUGUUUUUUUGUUUUGGGGUGAGGAGGGAGGAGUUGUAAAAAAUAAAAGAAAAGAACUAGUAAGAAGAAGUAAACCGGAGCCGGAGCCUCGGGGGCCGCUGUUAGGAGGGGCGGAUACGGGCGGAGGGGAAAGAGCCGCCGCCGCCACCGCCGCGCGGGAUAUGAGCUUUUUUCCCUCAGAUGGCUUUCAGGAUAGUAGAUCAGCCGUGGCGCUAGGAUCCCGUUUUUCCAGAUACAUUCCUCGAGUGCUUGUUCUCUCUGUGUGUGUUCUUCUCUGGCUCUUCCCACAACUCACUUCAGUGCCUGCAUGGAAUAAGCCAGUCAGAGGCGUCAUCCAGUCUCAUUUUGUCUCCAGUUUGUAAGAGGCUUGUAUCCAGUCAUUGUGAAGAACAGCAAGGGGACUGCUGUUGGUUUUCAUACUUCUCCCCACUGUAAAUGAGUGAAGGGUCUCUCCUUUUGACAAUGAUGAAGACUGAAGGUAAAGGAGAGAGGACUUUAAGAAGUGCUUCUCCACACAGAAAUGCAUAUAAAGCUGAUUUUCAUGCUAUUAAGUGCAGUUUUGAUUCUGUGAACGCUGAUAAUGCUUCAAAUAGAUCUGGCUCCCAGCAAAAGCUGACUAGCUCAUCCAAUGGUGGAGGUAAUGACCCACAUGUUCGGGGCAGAGCUGUCACCUAUGGCAACAGGGUACACAAGAUCAAAAAUAUGUUCAUGCAGAUGGGUGGCUCUUCCACUCCACUUUGUUCUGAGAACAGCCCACCCUCUGAGCCCAAGAUCAUCACCAAAACAGCUGCAAGUGACCCUGCUCCUCCUUCUCCCAGCAGCCCAUCUUUCUUUUGUGUUCAAAAAAACAACCUCCUAAAUAUUGACUCUGACCCUUGCAGUGGUCCCCAGGAUUCUUUACCUGCUGCUUCGGUUACUGACAAAAUUAUCUGUAGCAGUGAUGAAGGACAUCUAGACAAAGCUGCCCUAGCGGAGAAGUUUUCUGAGACUAGGAAACUUUUUGAAAGGAACACAAAAAAACCAAGCUCAUUGGACAGAUGUACUCCUAGCAAAAGUGAAAGGAUUGAAGAUAGAAGGAGGCAUGGCUCUGCCUCUUCUGACGGUAGUAGUGUGGUUGAUCACUUUAAUUUCAAUACUGAUGUUGGUUCUCAAGUCACCAUAGACAAGGCAGAGGGUCAAGGGAACAGUGAACACAAGUUGCAGCACUCCAGCUCUAGAUUGUCCUCACUGAAUGCUGGACCUAUUUCUAGAAGACUGGAGAGUUUCCUGGCAGACAGUGACAGUGAAGAGUGUAAAGACACUUCAAAAAAUGAGGGUACUCAAAGUCCAGUCGAGUCGGUGUUCUGCAGUUGGGAAUCGCCAGUGGUUAAGGAAGAGCUGUACUUGAAGCAAAAUCAACCUCUCGCCGCUCCUUCCUAUUUGAGCAGCAGCAGUACUAGUGAAAAGGAUGAACAUAGUAGGAUCACUGAAGAAGCAUCUGGAAGAGAGCAACCAACCUCUGAGAGGAAUCUGCAGUAUACAAACAAUGUGUCCACUAAAGUAGAUAGAGCCCCAAUAAAAAUCUCUCAGGUAGAAGUAGUUAGAGCUGAAUUGAUAAUGGUGCAGAAUAAAACUUUAGAGAAUGAUGGUGAAAUUGUGGGGGAAGUUAAUGUCUUCCAGAAGGAGAAGCCACUCCGAUUUCCAAGCUGGGAAGGUGAAGGAAGUGGACUCACCUUUGAAGAAAUGGAAAAACUUAGUGGGUGCAGUGAGCCCCAUCAGAAAGGAGUACAAGAUGUGGCACCUCCGGAGGAAGUUCAAACGAGAGAGCAUGAUCAUGUAGAACAAGUAGGAGAUAGUGAAGAUGAGGAUGAAGAACAAGAACGGCCAGAAAAUUGUAGUGGAUUUUCUUCCAGUGCUUUUGGGAUAGAGAAUGCAGCUUUUGACGAUGACAGAGAAACAGAGACUUGUAGUCAGGGCCCUGAAGGAGAAGAAACCUUGCCAGAGGAGGAAUACAACUAUGAUAGUAAUUAUGAGGAAUUUCCUGGACUUUCUGAAGAAGAAGAUCCUGAUCCAGAUAGGAAAGUAAAGUUUUCCACAGCCCCAAUCAAGGUAUUCAAUACUUACUCAAAUGAAGAUUAUGAUAGACGUAAUGAAGAGGUUGACCCUGUGUCAGCAUCAGCUGAGUAUGAACUUGAGAAAAGGGUGGAGAAAAUGGAGGUUUUUCCUGUAGAAAUUGAAAAAGGUGACAGUGGUUUAGGUAUCAGUAUUAUUGGAAUGGGUGUUGGUGCAGAUCAGGGACUGGAAAAGCUGGGAAUCUUUGUAAAAACGAUUACUGAAGGUGGAGCUGCUCAGAAAGACGGUCGAAUCCAAGUAAAUGAUCAAAUUGUUGAAGUUGAUGGUAUAAGUCUUGUUGGAGUAACCCAGUUUUUUGCAGCAACUGUACUAAAAAAUACAAAAGGCACAGUCAGGUUUCUGAUUGGAAGAGAAAAACCAGGAACUCAGAGUGAAGUAGCUCGGCUUAUAAGUGAGACAUUGGAGCAGGAGAGAUGUUUGUAUGAGCAUCAGUAUGCCCAUGAUGAUACAGAACAGGAUGAUGAUUAUGAUGAAGAUGAAGAUUCUUUUGAAUCACAUUUACAUGGAAAAUCGGUGGAAGUGUUUUAUCUUCCUGAAAAUGAGGAUAUUAAUUUGCCACUAGACAUGGAUUCUACACAGUUUCUGUUGAAGUUUAAAGAGCUACAGUUGAAGCAUGCAGUUACAACAGCUGAAGUUAACCAACUUAAGGAAAAGUUAAAAGCAACAGAAGCUGAAAAGAUUGAAUGGGAGUUAACUAAAUCCCAGCUCCAGGAAACUUUAAGUGAGAACAAAGAAAAAAUAAAGAAGUUGGAGACCUAUUGGUUAGAAGCGCAAAGUUUAUGCAAAACAGUAAAUGAACAUCUUAAAGAAACUCAGGAACAAUAUGAUGCCCUGGAGAAAAAAUACAACAAGGCUAAGAAAUUACUCAAAGAGUAUCAGCAAAAAGAAGUAGAACUCAUGAAAAAGGAAGAGGAUCAUACAAAAAUUAUUGGAGAGAAAGACCAGGAGCAUGUAAAUCAGCUGAAAAUAUUGCAGGAGAAGAUUUCAGAGCUUGAAGAUAAAUUAAAAAUAUAUGAGAGACUCCCAUUUAUGUUCGGAAAUAGCAGUUUAUUAGAAACUGCAACUCCAAGUCCUGAACAACUUACAGAAAACCUUGAAGUAAAAGAUGAUGUUCAGGAAUUUGAGUCUUCAAUAGAGAAAUUGGAUUUUUCUGAUUUUGAUACUUUUGUUGGGGAUACACCAAGGUUAGACACCAGUGCACAUAAAGCAAAAGCUCAGCUUGCCUUGAAAGUGAAACGUCAGCCACCUUCUCGGUCAAAGCUGAAAGCAUCUCUUGGGGCUGGGCAGAAGGAAAUAAACUUGCUGGAUGUGGAUGAUAAUGAUGAUAAUACAGAGGAAAUAAUCCAGAGCAGAUCUUCAGAAGUUACAGAGAAGAUCAUUUCAUCACAGCAGAGUGAUGUAGAUCAAAGAGAUGAGAAGCAUGAACAUGCUGGAAGCACUGACAGUUUAUUAGAAUCAAGUCCAUCAACUUCCUUGCACUCUUCUCCAGUAUAUAAACCAAACACAGAAAAUAGUCCUGGAACAACUCAGCCAGCUUCUAAUGAGGAUACAACUCCAAAUUCUCCUUCAGGAUGCAGCAGAAAUGUCAAGCAUAGAGACUCAAAAGGCAAAGGAAGAGUGAACAAAGAUGACAAACGAAGUGAAGAAAAGACUGAAUCAAGUGAAGGUGCCUCUGCGGGCAAGUCCAAAAGGCGUUUCCCAGAUUUUGGGGGGCUAAGAAAAUCUGGUGGUAAAGGGAAGAAGCAAGAAAAAGAAAAUGCAAGGAGUUCACUAGACAGCCGGGGCUCCCGAGAAUUGCUGGAAGACUCUGCCAACAACUUAUCUGCGUCGGAUUCAGAUUCCCCUAUCCCCACUUGUAUGCCUUUCUCCUGGUUUGGAGACAGCCAUAAAGAGCAUAGUUCUAGUAGCACCCUGAGCUUUUCUCAGGGUGGGCAUGAUGUUGCAUUGGAACAGAGCCAGGAGAAGAACAGAAACAAGAGUAGAAUUGUCAUAGAUGGUUCAUACGAUAGCAAGCCAAGUUGUGAUCUGUCAGGGUUAGUGGCAGAGCCAAAUCUUUCAGGGCGUUCACACACUUUAACCUUCUCUUCAAACGAGACUUCAGAUGAAGAACCAUCAACUACAGGAAAACAAAAUCAGUGGCACAGUCGGCCCAUUUCUGAAUGGACAACGCAACAGGUGUGCCAUUGGCUAAUGGGAAUGAAUAUGGAGCAGUACAUUGCGGAAUUCACAGCCAAGUGUAUAGAUGGACAGCAGUUAAUGCUCCUUGACAGUGACAAAUUGAAGACCCUGGGAGUAUCCAGUCAAAAUGAUCGAUCAACAAUAAAGAAGAAAAUUAAAGAUAUUAAGAAAGCACAAGAGAAGCUGGAGAAACAGAAAGAGAAGUUUCAAAAGAAAGAGAAAGAAGUCCGGAAAACUGGCAGAGUGGUAGCCACCGUAGAAUCAAGCUGCUAAAAUUCUUUAAGAUAUCCUAUGCAACUACUUAAUCUGGUGUAGUCACAAGGGCUAGUGGAACUAUGCCAAGGUAAUGUUUCAAUCUAUUUUUAUCAGACUCCCUUCAGCUUGAAGAAGUGUCACAAUUGUAUAUUACUGUAUAAUUAUGAAUGGGGGAGGUGGGAAAUGAUAGCUUUUACAAUAUAGGUUUUUUAAUCUCCCAUUUCUACAGUCCUUCCCUGUUUAUAUGAUUCAUAAAAUGAAAUAUUUUCCAUUUUUUAUAUUUAGAUCAUUAACUUGUACUAAUGAACCGUAAAUUAACUUUGCAUUAAGUAAUGUGUAUAUAUGUAUUACUUAUUCUAGGUCCCUGAAGUGUCUAUCAGAAGUAUAUACAGUUUUGAUGAAUAGGUUGUGAACAUAAAUUACAGUAUAAUGUUGGGUGGUAUCUGGUAUAGAGACAGUAUCAGGUCAUUAUGUUCUGUUGAAGAGAAGUUUGUUGCCACUAGUGUUGUAUAGAGGAAAAAUUAAGUUUUAAAAAUAAUAGAAAAUUAAUUUAAUCGUAUUUUGACUUAAUGAUGUGUUUAAAAUCCUGUAUUUUCCAGAGUUCAUUUUAAAUUCAAAAUGUAUUGUAGUAAUAUAAUUCAUGACUUGCAUCUUGGCUUUCUUAUUUUCUAAAAUAAGAUAACACUAAGUUUCUAAGCUGAGUAUGUUGAAGCAGGAUUUCAAAGUUUAUUGAUCAAUUUUAUACACUUUUGUAUGGACUAUGGGGUUUUUAUAAUCCAUGUAAGAUCAAAUUGUAAUACAUGCAUUACACUUUCCUACUCAAGAUACUGAGGACCAAAAAUAUAUUUUUACUAAACUUUCAAUGCUAUUGGUCUUCCUAAUACCAGAAUGGGAAUAGCCGGAGGAGGUAUGAAUUGAAGCACUGGGUUUCUGCAGUGUGUAUAAUUACACUGUAGACUACGAAAUGUCUUCCUGUUCAUGAGUUGCAUUUGUUUUUCAGAAUAGUGUCAAACACAAUUGCCAUGUGCUGUUGGGUAACACAUAAUCUGUUGUAGGAAAAAAUACACUACAUUGGAGUGGCACUUUUGAGAAAUGGAAUAAAUUUCAUUCAAAAAAGAACUUGUAUUUUGAAAUUCUUACUAUUAUGACUUACAUGUGCAUGAAUUAGUAACAUGCUGCCAUCUAAUGAAAUGAUUAUUUUGUAAGAAAACAUUGAAAACUGCCAAUUGUAAAUUAAGACUAAAUGAAAUGCACAUUUUGAGCAUUUUCAAAAUAAAAGUUUUAAAAUUUUAAUGGCAUAGUACUAUUAUCUUGGAUUCAAGGAACCAAGAAUAGGAGAAAAUGUGUUUUGGUACUAUUGCAUGAAUAAGAGACAGGGUUUUAGUCAUCCAGGUUUGACUCAAGAGUAGACCUGCUGGAAUUAAUGAACCCAAGUUCAUCAUGUCUAUUUCAGUGGGCUUACUUGGAGUAUAACUAACAUUGGAUACAAGUGGGCUAGAAUAUUGAGAACUUGUGCAAUGAAAAAAAGUCUCUAGAUUUGGAGUCACUUUCCUCCCAGUGCUGUUUCCAUCACAUAACUCUGGAAGUGUAUACAGUGGUGUACUUGAUUCUGACCAAAUUAAUCCUCCUAGGAGGUUUUUGCUCUAUGAGGCUUAGUUUGCUCAGAAUUGAGUAUACACUUCCAGAGUUAAUUAAAUACAUUACUUCUGGUAAAUGAGCUACCAUAGCCACUAGAGAGCUGUGAAAAUUUGUGUCUGGGCUCUUCUACCCAUGUACUUAUCUGAAACCAAAGGAGCACAUUGGUUGCCAGAUGUGAAUCCCCCCCCCCAGUUUUCCUACCCCACUACUAUGGAAGGUUACCUUUUCCAAUUGUAUGUAAGGAAGAUAGUUGUCAAGGUGAGCCUGUCUGGCAGUCCAUAGAUGGAGCACACCUGAAGACUAUCACAGCGGAGGACUUGUGGGCCACUAGAUGUUAUCAGACUCCCAACUCUCACCAGCCUCAGCAACCAUAACCAAUUAGAUGACUGGAGUUACAGCCUUAACAAGGGGCAACCCAGUGUUUCCACACUGAAGUGAUAAUACAAGACAGACACCAGGAGUUAUCGUGCAAUUAAUCAAUGGAGUGCCAGAUUUUUAAAAAUGCUUAGGAUUUAUUAUUAUAAAAAUCACAGCAAGCCUCUUUCUUGCAAGCCAAAAUUUUCACAGUACAAUGUUAAAAUUCUGAAUACAAAAUGCCUGGCUGUUGCAAUGUUAUUCUUCCACCUGCAAGCAAAAUUAUUUCCAAAUCUAGCUCUAGCAACAGAAUACACACGGCAACAAUUUUGUGUGAGUUUUAUUGGCAUGCGACUGCUGACGCGAGCACAGUUUUCAGCCCCAGAAGGGGGAGCGGAAUGGGGCGAGCUUAUGCACACUCCACUGAGACGCGAGAUGACCCAGCACGCAACCCCUGUGCAAACAGGGAGUUGCCUGGAAUAUAAAGUAGCAUUAUAAAUUAUUUUUUUCUGAAAUGCUUUAUUCAUAUGAAUCAAACCUUAAAAUAGCAAAUGAACUCAUUGUGCCUAUGACUGAACAGUGAGUUUGCUACCACAAACAGUUGUUUUGGUUAGUGGUAAACCUUCAGUAGACUUUGAUUGUUGAACAUACUAAAAUAAUCCUGAUCCAGCUGGGACAAUGAGCAUGCGUAUCCAGAUGUGUACAUGCAAAUCCCCUGGCAGUCUGGAAGGCACACAUGGAAGCAGGCUCAACAAGCAUCCAUAGUACAGCAAUGCACAUGCAGUUCCUCUGACUACUGGAUCAGGACUGUAGCCCUGAUUACAAUUCAUAUUUUACAUGAAUAGAGGAUACUAAUUCCAGUAUCUCAUUCAGCCCCUCCACUGCCAGAUGAUCAAACCUUCAUAAGUGGCAGGCAGGUGCAAACGUGAGUGUUGGUUUUUGAUAUUGCCAGACCUACUGUACUCUUUACUAGCUCACAGAGCAGAAAUGUUUUACUUCCAAAGACUCUGAUACCUUAAAGCAGUAGCAUGAUGUGUGUCUUAAUUUGAAAACUUCCCUACUAAGCUGCUAUUGGUUAUAGCCAAGGGCAGUUUCAUCCUGCACAGUACAUUCUAUCAUCCAAUUCACAUAAUGAAUUUCCUAAUAAGAUGCCCCAAAGUGCAGAUGGGUCUAUUUUGCUGUUUCCCCACUAUCACCAAAAAUCUUAACACAUCAUUUGGCACUGCCAUUACUCUGAAAAGGGUUUCAUUCCUGAGUAAAUAUGUUUACAAUCAUCGCACUGUACUCUUAAUCCGGCAUCUCAGUUACUGCAAAGUGGCUAAACUGCAUUCUUUGAUUUCUGUGUGUGCAUCUUAAUGGAGGAUCAUGCCUGGGAGGCAUUGCAUGAACAUUGCAAUUGUGGAGGUGAAUUAAAUGUUAGCAGCAAAAAUUAUCAAGGAAGAGCUUAGGAACCAAAGGGAAGGUGAAGAGAGCAUUAUCUAUUUUAUGCCACAUUUGCUGGAUGUAAAGGAAUUUAAAUGCAACACCAAGUUAGGACCUGAGGUUGUGUGUACAUGCAGCAAAUAAGAGUUUGUGCCUGUUGAGUAAAAAUGUACCAUAGCUGCUUUAGAUGUCUGGGUGUGUGAGCAACUGGCAAUGCAAGACUAUCUGGUUGGUUUAUGGCUCCACCAGGUGGUCAAAGGCAGGAUCAACAUUUUGAGAAGUAGGCAAUUCCCAUAAUCCAGUUCACUCCUGCUGUUGGCAAAAGCAGCAAUGUCACUUUAAACUUCCACUGGCUUUUGUCCUCAGGUCAAUGUUACUGUUUUUUCUCAGUCCUGCUCUCUAUUGGACUUUAGUUUUUCAGUCCUCAACUCAUCACUUUCUCUGCUUCCACCUUAUUGUCACGACUCACUUAUUUUUUAUGCCCCAUUCCCUUCUCUGCUUAAUUUUUUAAAAAAUACUUCUGUCUCUAUCUUUCUCGUCCCUCCACCAUUCCCUUGCGUGCUGACUGUUGAGAAAGGGAGCUGUGUGUGAAGUGGAACUGUUGAACGUGCUUUUAUUAGCACCAUCAGGGCUGUUAUCUCAGGCACACAUGUUGACCACAACCUGAUUACAGCCAGACAGCAGAGCUGCUUAUGGCUUCUAAAAGCGGUCCUUCUGCAGCCUCUGGUAGCUCCUUAGCCUUUCCCCUUUCUUUCUCUCUGUGAUCUUUCUCCCAGUACCCUCAUGAGAUACUGUAAAAUUGGUUCCUGUGCAGCGUUUGGUAGGAAAGUCUCUCUGCAGGUCCCU